GGGUGCGAGGGCGGGCCUUCCGGGCGUGUGUUUCCGGCGUCAGCGGCCGCGGCCGGGGACGGUGUGAGAGCGGUAAGAUGGCGGCGGCGGCGGUGGUGGAGUUCCAGAGAGCCCAGUCUCUACUCAGCACCGACCGGGAGGCCUCCAUCGACAUCCUCCACUCCAUCGUAAAGCGUGACAUUCAGGAAAAUGAUGAGGAGGCAGUGCAGGUCAAAGAGCAGAGCAUCCUGGAGCUGGGGUCCCUCCUGGCGAAGACUGGACAAGCUGCAGAGCUUGGAGGACUCCUGAAGUAUGUUCGACCCUUCUUGAAUUCCAUUAGCAAGGCUAAAGCAGCUCGUCUGGUCCGAUCUCUUCUUGAUCUGUUUCUUGAUAUGGAAGCAGCUACAGGGCAGGAGGUCGAACUUUGUUUAGAGUGCAUUGAAUGGGCCAAAUCAGAGAAAAGAACUUUCUUACGCCAAGCUUUAGAGGCAAGACUAGUGUCUUUGUACUUUGAUACCAAGAGGUACCAGGAAGCAUUGCAUUUGGGUUCUCAACUGCUUCGGGAAUUAAAAAAGAUGGAUGAUAAAGCCCUUUUGGUGGAAGUACAACUUUUAGAAAGCAAAACAUACCACGCCCUGAGCAAUCUGCCGAAAGCCCGAGCUGCCUUAACCUCUGCUCGAACCACAGCAAAUGCCAUCUAUUGCCCUCCUAAACUGCAGGCCACCUUGGACAUGCAGUCAGGUAUUAUCCAUGCAGCAGAGGAGAAGGACUGGAAAACUGCAUACUCGUACUUCUAUGAGGCAUUUGAGGGCUAUGACUCCAUCGAUAGCCCCAAGGCCAUCACAUCUCUGAAGUACAUGUUGCUGUGCAAAAUCAUGCUCAACACCCCAGAAGAUGUCCAGGCUUUGGUGAGCGGGAAGCUUGCACUUCGGUAUGCAGGGAGGCAGACAGAAGCAUUAAAAUGCGUGGCUCAGGCUAGCAAGAACAGAUCACUGGCAGAUUUUGAAAAGGCCCUGACAGAUUAUCGGGCAGAGCUCCGUGAUGACCCAAUCAUCAGCACACACCUGGCCAAGUUGUAUGAUAACUUACUGGAACAGAAUCUGAUCCGGGUCAUUGAGCCUUUCUCACGAGUACAGAUUGAACACAUAUCUAGCCUCAUCAAACUCUCCAAGGCCGAUGUGGAAAGGAAAUUAUCACAGAUGAUUCUUGACAAGAAGUUUCAUGGGAUUUUGGACCAGGGGGAGGGUGUCCUGAUUAUUUUCGAUGAACCCCCAGUAGAUAAAACUUACGAAGCUGCUCUGGAAACAAUUCAGAACAUGAGUAAAGUAGUGGAUUCCCUCUACAACAAAGCCAAGAAACUGACAUAGAGUUGGAUCUGUAGCGGUCCUUUGGCGAGUGUGUGUGGCGGGAGAGUGGAACCUUGGGGGAAAAUGCUAGGAGAUUCUUUUUUCUUUGUGUUCUACUUUUCGCUCGGAAAGUUUUUAAAUCCUCAUUUGGUGCAUCUGUAUUCCAGCCGAUAGGUGUGCCAGUUUUCAUGUAAUCUUUACUGGCCCAACUUGGGAGUGGGGAAAUUGCUUAAAAAAAAAGAAAAGGAAAAAAAAAAGAUUAUUCUAAAUAAAAGGAAAAAGGCUUACACUA